AUGUUGAAAACUUGUAUCGGCGCUGCAGCCUUGGUCGCCAGGCUAGCAGCUGCAUCUGAGUUACCUUGGAACCCCCCUUCACUUGUUCCUAAGGUUGCUGGCAGCGAAAUAACAUCGAACAGUAGUGGAAUUGCACCUUGCGACGCUCUAAAAGAAGCCGGUCUUAGCGAUCGCCUUCUUUUCGCGACGGACGCAGGUUACGAACCUCAGAUACAGUCUUGGUAUUCGGAGAACGCCCGUAUGAGACCCGACUGCCUUGUUCUUCCUCAUAACACCGACGAGGUAGCAACGGCAUUAACAGCACUGGUUAAGGUCAACAAUGGCGGAGGUGAUUGGCACAUCGCUGUGCGUAGCGGUGGACACAGCUUUCCCGGAAGCAACAACAUUGCCAACGGCGUGACUAUCGACUUGACAAUGAUGAAUUCAUCGAGCUAUGAUCCGGAGACGAAACUCGCCAAGAUCCAUACAGGAGGCCGAUGGCGAAACGUAUACGCGGACUUGCAGAAAGCUGGUGUAGUUGUAACAGGGGGCCGGGACGGCGAUGUUGGUGUGGGAGGGUUCCUCCUAGGAGGCGGUAAUUCCUUCUUUUCGGGACGAAUGGGAUUCGGCUGUGAUUCUGUCAAGAACUUCGAGGUUGUACUAGCCAAUGGCACUGUCAUCAACGCCAACAGCACGGCGAAUUCGGAUCUGUGGCGAGCCCUCAAGGGAGGUGGUAGCAACUACGGCAUUGUCACGCGAUUCGACAUGGAAGCACUCCCGACGCGAGAUUUGUAUUACGAUAUUCGCACCUUAGGUUUAAAUUAUACGGAAUCCGUGGUUGAUGCGGUAGUUGGAUAUGCCAACCAAGACCAAUCCUUCGCCGACAACGCCCUUAUAGCUCUUUGGAGCCACAACGCGUCAAGCAGUCCCGAGACACUUAUCGAGACAAUUUACGUCAAUACACAGGGUAAUGGUAACGCUACGUCCGCAUUUGAUAAAGUUAAGGGUCUUCCGACCUUAACUAAGUCUACGUCUCUCAAAAACAUGGCAGUAGCUGCUGAUGGCUCCCAGCUUCCUGGUGGUUAUAGGGGUUCUGGAACGACAUUGACUUUCCGCAACGAUCCCCAGAUACUUCGUCGCUGUGUUGAACUCCACGAAGAUUUAGUCAAGAGGCUCAGCAAUCUAGUCGACCCCAAGCAGUUCACAUCAAUAUUAAUAUUGCAGCCUAUUCCUUCUUAUAUGGGAACCAUCGCCGAGCAGCAAGGCGGUAACAUGCUUGGGCUAGAAAAUAUCGAGGGUAACUCUGUUUUGUUCAACGCUGGUGUUGCUGUUACCUCCAAUGAUAAAGACUUUGCUAUUGCGAAGGCAGAACUAGCCGUGUUAACGGCCCAAGUUAAAGAAUUUUCCAAGUCAGUGAAUGGAGAUCUAGACUUCCUUUACUUAAACUAUGCGGAAUCAAACCAGGAUCCUCUUGGAAGCUAUGGCGCCAAGAAUAUCCAGCAUAUGCGGGAUGUGGCCGCGAAAUAUGAUCCUACUGCAGUAUUCCAGAGGCGCAUCCCCGGAGGUUUCAAGAUUUCGAGGGUGGUAUGA